UAAAACUCUAAACCCUAAACUAUGGGGUUUAGGAUUUAUCCAAUGGUCUUGGGUUUACACAAAAUUUUAGGAUUUAAGAUUUAGUUUAUGAUUUAGGGUUUAAUGUUGCUUACAACCGUUAACAAUGUAAAAAAAGUUUUGGCAGUUAGUACUAUUUUUUCUUUUUUUUUAUUUUUUUUAUUUUAAAAACAUAAUGCUAUUUGACAAAUUUUUAUUAUUUUAUUUUUUCAAAAGCUGAAUACGAGAUAACAAAAUAUUAUUGAACGGUGAACCCAAAAAAACUCCUUGGUGAUUGUGUUUUGGAUCCGAUUUUUGAGGGUCCUAUCCCAUGACCCAACGCAUUAUGUUUGUCUUUCUCUUCCUCCCAUCGUUCGUUUUUUCUCGGUUAUAUUUUAACGGAUAACCACUUUUUUUAACCAAAAUAUUUUUUUUGAACAAACCAAAAAAAACAAUUGAACAAAUCCUUUUUUCUUUCAUAACUCCAUUCUAUACAUUGCUGGUCAUAUGCUUGAUCUUUGUACAUAAUUGGAUCUAUUACAAUUCAGCCAAGAAUUGAUAUCGAUCUCGAUGCAUUGCAUUAGCCAUGUGAUAUGAUAUAAAUUAAACUUAUAAUAAGAAAAAUGGGUACAUGUAUGUCAACACAUUCAAAAAGCAUUAGGCCAUGGAAGAGGAAAGGCCGUCGCAGAUUUUCCAAACACAUUUCUAAAGUCUCUGAUGUCAUCUCUCAUCCAAAGAUUAGACGGGCAAGUGAUGUCGGAAUCCAAGCCGCUUUCGAUGUUUAUCAAAAUGAUGCUUGGUAUGAUUCUUUAAAUAUGUUUUCGGACUCGGAUGAUGAAUUUAUCAGCCUACAUGAAGCUGAUAAUAUUUGGUCAGAGAAUGGUGAAGUGGUUCAGUUUGAGGCUUCUUCAUGCAUUGUUGAUGAAAAAGGAAAUUAUGAAGAAUACCAUAAGAGUUAUUUGAAGAUUGAUAGCGGUUGUAAAACCGAAAAGUUUAUGAGCAUAGGUUCAUACAAAGAUCUUAAUGGUUUAUCAGUUGUCACUGGAAACAACAAGAAGAAACUAUUGGAUCAUACUGUUGGAAGCUUCAAAAAUUCGAAGGAACAAAAACGCACCUCUCAAGAGAAAACAUUGAAACCUAGCUUGAGCCGGUUGAUACCAACGGUUAGUUUCAACGACAAGACUUUACACUCUCCCACAUCUCAGAAAAGAAAGUCUGCAGUUUACCGGCUUUCAUUCAAGAGGACAUCAUGCGAUGGUGAGGAAGUCGUCGAGCAUAGGUCGUCCAAGAGCUUCUUAUAUCGUCCAAAAGCAGGAUUCACGGUUCCUUGUUUAGCCAAAGAGAAACAACAAUCCUCAGGAACUUGGUGUGAGAUACCUCCUUCAAGUUUUAAACUACGUGGAGAAACAUAUUUCAAAGAUAAACGGAAGACACCAGCUCCAAACAAAUGUCCAUACACUCCUAUUGGUGUUGACCUGUUUGUGUGUCCAAAGAAGAUUGAUCAUAUAGCUCAGUACAUUGAGCUUCCCAACGUCAAAGCCGAGUCAAAGCUCCCUGCUCUUCUGAUUGUCAACAUUCAGUUGCCAACUUAUCCAGCCGCAAUGUUUCUCGGUGAUACUAAUGGAGAAGGCAUGAGCAUUGUACUUUACUUCAAACUACGUGAUGAUUACGAGAAAGAAAUCUCCCAGCAAUACCAAGACAGCAUCAAGAAACUAGUGGAAGAUGAGAUGGAAAAAGUUAAAGGGUUUGCAAAAGACAACAUUGUUUCAUUCCGAGAAAGGCUUAAGAUCAUAGCAGGAUUAGUUAACCCUGAUGAUCUCAGUCUUAACUCCACUGAAAAGAAGCUUAUACAAGCUUACAAUGAAAAACCCGUCCUGUCACGCCCUCAACAUAACUUCUUCAAGGGUCCUAAUUACUUUGAGAUUGAUUUGGACGUUCAUCGGUUUAGUUUCAUAUCAAGAAAAGGGCUUGAAGCAUUUCGUGAUAGACUUAAAAAUGGAACUCUUGAUCUUGGCUUAACUAUCCAGGCUCAAAAACAGGAGGAGUUACCAGAAAAAGUCUUAUGUUGUAUAAGGCUUAGCAAAAUUGACUUCGUUGACCAUGGCCAGAUCCCAACGCUUUUAAUCCCUGAUAAAGGAGAAUCUCUUGAUUGAACCAGAAACAGUGUGAAUUGAUUUCACUAAAUUUGUUGUGCAUUGACGAGUUGUGUAACACUAAUAUAUAUAUAUUAUUAUCCAUCUAUAACCACA